AUCUGUGGCGUGGCUCUUUUAUCUUGUGAGGAGAUGAGUGGGAAGCGGUCUGCGGAGCCCGGCCCGGCUCGGGUGGGGAAAAAGGGAAAGAAGGAGGUGAUGGCGGAGUUUUCGGACGCUGUCACGGAAGAAACCUUGAAAAAGCAGGUGGCUGAGGCCUGGAGCCGCAGGACGCCAUUCAGUCACGAAGCCAUUGUCAUGGACAUGGACCCCUUUCUUCACUGUGUGAUCCCAAACUUCAUCCAAAACCAAGAGUUCUUGGAAGGGCUUCAGAAGGAACUUUUGAACUUGGACUUCCAUGAAAAGUACAACGAUUUAUAUAAGUUCCAGCAGUCUGAUGAUUUGAAGAGGAGGAGAGAGCCUCACAUCUCUGCUUUAAGGAAAAUUCUGUUUGAAGAUUUCCGGGCCUGGCUUUCUGACGUUUCUAAGAUUGACCUGGAAUCAACCAUUGACAUGUCCUGUGCUAAAUAUGAAUUCACGGAUGCCCUACUCUGCCAUGAUGAUGAGCUGGAAGGGCGCCGGAUCGCCUUCAUUCUGUACCUGGUUCCUCCCUGGGACAGGAGCUUGGGGGGCACUCUGGACCUGUACAGCAUUGAUGAACACUUUCAGCCGAAGCAGAUUGUCAAGUCUCUUACCCCUUCGUGGAACAAACUGGUUUUCUUUGAAGUGUCUCCAGUAUCCUUUCACCAGGUGUCUGAAGUCCUGUCUGAAGAAAAAUCACGUUUGUCUAUAAGUGGCUGGUUUCAUGGCCCAUCAUUGACCAGGCCUCCUAACUACUUUGAACCCCUCAUACCUCGGAGCCCUCACAUCCCACAAGAUCAUGAAAUUUUAUAUGAUUGGAUCAAUCCUACUUAUCUGGACAUGGAUUACCAAGUUCAAAUUCAAGAAGAGUUUGAAGAAAGGUCUGAAAUUCUCCUGAAGGAGUUUCUUAAGCCUGAGAAAUUUGCAAAGGUCUGUGAGGCCUUGGAGAAGGGAGAUGUGGAAUGGAGGAGCCGAGGUCCUCCUAACAAAAGGUUUUAUGAGAAAGCUGAGGAGAGUAAGCUUCCCAAUAUACUGAAGGACUGCAUGGAGUUAUUUCACUCCGAGGCACUGUUCUUGCUGCUCUCCAACUUCACAGGCCUGAAGCUUCAUUUCCUGGCCCCUUCAGAAGAAGAUGAGAUUGAUAACAAAAAUGUGGAAGAAGCAGCCUCUGCUGCCAAUAGUUCUGAAGAAGGUACUAGCCAUAGCUCCUCUGAGCCAGAGGUUAAUCAGGUGGCCAUCAGCAACAGUAGCCAACAGACCAAUGAACAGACAGACCCAGGGCCAGAGGAAAAUGAAGCAAAGAAAGAAUCAAGUGUUCCCACAUGCCAAGGGGAACUGAGGCGUUGGAAGACUGGUUACUACACUUUAAUCCAUGACAACAACAAGACAGAAUUUGCCCUGGACUUACUUCUCUACUGUGGCUGUGAAGGCUGGGAGCCAGAAUAUGGUGGCUUUACUUCCUACAUAGCCAAAGGUGAAGAUGAAGAGCUGCUAACAGUGAAUCCAGAAAACAAUUCUUUGGCAUUGGUCUACAGAGAUAAAGAGACUCUGAAAUUUGUCAAGCAUAUUAACCACCGAAGCCUAGAACAAAAGAAAACCUUCCCAAACAGAACAGGUUUCUGGGAUUUUUCAUUCGUCUAUUAUGAAUGAUAGGACUGGGCAAAGCUGAACAAAAAGUGACCCUUCGUCAGUACUAUGAAGUCUGGAAGAGCUGGGCAUGAAAUGAAGGAGACCUACAUGUUGGCCUGUCUGACAGUGUUCUUAAAACUGAUCGCCCUUUAGUAGGAUUCAUAAUGACUGUCCUCAACCUAGAACUUGAGCUUGAAGCUAUACACUUAUCUCUUGAUUAAAAAAAAAAAAAGAUUUUUUGUUUUUAA